AUGCGUUACAAUGGGCCGCGUAUCUCGGACAUAGCUGGCAUUGUUUCGACGACCAGCUUAAUAAGACCCCUCGGGGCUUCCGCGAGGCUGGCCUCCGAGGGGACUGGAGAUCAUCUCGGCCAGCCGAUUACCGCUGGGCUCGGUCGCUGGGCGUUUUCGCUUCGUGUCACUUCGGGCGCCUUCGGGCGGCCUCGUCCCGCCUACCUGUGCGCGCGCAUCUCUCCGUCCCCCUCACUCCUCGGCGUCACCCAUCAAUCCGUCCCCGUCCGCCCUCGUGAGCGCACGCCACUCCCAUGGGUCGUGUUCGGCUAUUUUCCAAUUACAACGUCGGAGCUUUUUGCCCGCCGACCCGAUGCCCGUGAUAAGCUUUCUAUUUUAAUAAGAAAUGUA